AUGGCUCUAAGUGGCAACUGCAGGACUUACCUUCCUGCUCGGGAGCAGGGCACGGAGCUGCACUCCUUCCCCGAGGUGGUGGAGCUCAACGUGGGCGGCCAGGUUUACUUCACUCGCCACUCCACCUUGGUGGGCACCCCUCAUUCCCUGCUCUGGAAAAUGUUCACCCCAAAGAGAGACACAGCCAACGAUCUGGCCAAGGACUCCAAGGGAAGAUUCUUCAUCGACAGAGAUGGUUUCCUUUUCCGCUAUAUUCUGGACUAUCUCAGGGACAAGCAAGUGGUUCUGCCCGACCAUUUCCCAGAGAAGGGAAGGCUCAAGAGGGAGGCUGAGUACUUCCAGCUCCCAGACUUGGUCAAGCUCCUGACUCCCGACGACAGCAAGCAAAGCCCCGAUGAUUAUUGCCACAGCGACUACGAAGAGGUGUCCCAGGGCAGCGACACGAGAAUAUGCCCGCCCUCGCUCCUGCCGCCCGACCGCAAGUGGGGAUUCAUCACCAUCGGCUACCGCGGCUCCUGCACUAUCGGCAGGGAGAGCCAAGCAGACGCCAAAUUCAGGAGAGUCCCGAGGAUUUUGGUUUGUGGAAGGAUUUCUUUGGUCAAAGAGGUUUUUGGAGAAAGUUUGAAUGAAAGCAGAGACCCGGACAGGGCUCCAGAAAGGUACACCUCCAGGUUUUAUCUCAAGUUCAAGCACCUGGAGAGGGCUUUUGACAUGUUGUCCGAGUGUGGAUUCCACAUGGUGGCCUGUAACUCCUCGGUGACGGCUUCCUUCGUCAACCAGUACACAGACGACAAGGUCUGGUCCAGCUACACCGAAUAUGUCUUCUACCGCGAGCCCUCCCGCUGGUCCUCGUCCCACUGCGACUGCUGCUGCAAGAACGGCAAGGGCGACAAGGAGGGCGAGAGCGGCACGUCCUGCAACGAGCUGUCCACGUCGAGCUGUGACAGCCAGUCUGAGGCCAGCUCGCCUCAGGAGACUGUCAUCUGUGGGCCUGUCACCCGCCAGCCCAACAUUCAGACUCUGGACCGGCCGGCCAAGAAGGGGCCACUGCAGCUGCUGCAGCAAUCCGAGAUCCGAAGGAAGAGCGACCUGCUCCGGACUCUCACCUCCAGCUCCCGAGAGUCCAACUCCAGCAAGAAGAAAGCAGUGAAGGAGAAGCUCUCCAUUGAGGAAGAGCUGGAAAAGUGUAUCCAGGAUUUCCUCAAAAUCAAAAUCCCAGACAGGUUUCCCGAGAGGAAGCACCCCUGGCAAUCGGAACUGCUGCGGAAGUACCACCUUUAG